UUUUGAAGCGUUCAGGGGGUAGCCUGUAGUAAAGACAACAUUACUCGGCUAUAAAAAGCGCGGCAGACUUGUAAAGUAGCUCAGUUGAGUGAACAUACGCCAUGCAGCAGAUACAGUCUUGGUCAUCAAUUCUGGUUGUUUUAGCAGCCUUGUUGCUGAAUCAGGUGACAAUUUCACAAUGUUAUUCUCAUUUGGCUUUGAAGUCCUUAAAGACCAACGAUCUACCUAUUGACCCGGCGAUGGAAAAAAUUCAACCCAGAACUAUUGACUGUGGCGAUGUACUUCAGCAACCGAGUAAAAAAGAUUUAAACGAGAGGAAACUUCGUAGACGUCUUGGGGGAAGCAUUGACGAGCGAUAUUUGUCCAUAAUGGAGCCCUUGCACUCAUCGGACACAUUUGUGAGACAAGUUUCGUUGCGUGGCAUCAGCACGUCUGAAAAGAAUUUACUCAGGCAAAUCAUCAGAAAUGAGACCUCAUCAAAAAUGGGCAAGCCAUCCCCGUUUAUAGAGAGAUAUAUGAUGAAAUGGCUCAUCCAGAAAUCAGACUGUCCUGUUGAAUACACUUGGAAAGAUUUGGGAUUCUGUUAUUGGCCUCGAUGGAUAUCGGUAAGAGCAUUUUUUUUUUAUAUAUACUUUGACAUAUCGACCUCGGAUAGCUAUGAAACACGUACCCCAUAUGUGAACAAAUAUGUAGAUGAAGGUGUGUGGCUAAUUAUGAUCUCAGUUACAGAUAGAUUUUCGUCGAUUUCCGAGCAAUCAGUUAGAAUUUCAGCCCGCUUUUCAGCCAUCGUCAGUUCAAAAAAACCUUCAUUUGUCAGCUGUUCAGUUGCUGAAAGCUAAAAUUUUUUACUUAUUCUCAGUUGCUGAUUUCUACUUCCAGAAUACGCAAAUUCGCGAUUAAACAAAGCGUAUUAAACCGAGUUUGGUCUCGUUCUUGGUAAAAGAAAACAAACUAGCGCAACAGGACCCCAGUAAUUAGUCAGUUCUAAGAGGCCUUUCACCACGGAGGAGUCAAAAUUGAGAGUCUAAUUAUUAGGUAACAUGAUUAUCAAGAACAGUGUUUCUUCAAGAUCCGUUUCCAGAGUAACUUAAUAUUUUUUAAAUGGCCACACCUUCAAGAGAAUCCGCAGAGUCAACAGGCAGACUGACUACGUUGUAUGUGGAACAGGAUCUUGGGCAUCCUUGGAGACCCACGGCAGGGGCAGCUGGUCGGGACGAUAGCAUUGGCGAAUCCAGACCUUCAGAUAAGGGGAGGGGGGGGGGCGGUCAUCCAGACCCUGAGAUAAGGCGGAUGCCCGGUCUCAAAACAAAAUUUCUUCUGCCCUUCGUGCCUCAGUUUGGUCUAAUUAGCCCCUCCCCUAGAUCCGCCAUUGGAUAGAAUGUUCGCAGUGAAAGUUUACUAUAAGAUCGAACAUUCUAUCGUCCCGACUAGCUGCCCCUGGGUCUCCGACGAUGGAUCUUGGUAAACGAACUGCAAUAGGUCGCAAUAGUCAGUGCGGUGAAUCAUUUGUUAAGUUGAAAAAGUCAGAGUUGCUAAUCUUGGUACUCCCAACGUCACACACCGUUCUUUCUCCUUAGCAGCUUUCAAUUCAGUCAUAAAUUGAGAAGCAAAGGCAAUGACUCGAAAGUUGGAAAAUCAUGACGCCACUUAUAUCAUCACAAGCGAUAGAACAUUUCUUUGCAUUGCAUUCAGGUUUAUUUCUCCAAUCUUAUUCAAAUGGCUGCAAACUAUCCUCUAUGAAAAGAGCGCGAUUCAUUUAGAAUAAAACUUUGGUAAUAUCACAUCUAAUUUAUAUUGAAAAAUACAAAUAAGAAAAAGGUCUUUUAAGCAUACUAUACAGAGGGAGAGAGUAUAUAGUCUGCGCUCUGACACGCAAGGAUAUAGUUUUAUCAAGUGAGUUGAUAAGGUAGAGAGAACUCAGGUGAUUUGGGAUUCUGUCAUCGGUCUCGCGGGUCUGACAAGUGCCUAUGAAGGCAUGACUAAGCAAUGCACAUGCAAUGCACAAUGCACUGCCUUUUUCUUUCAUGUUGAUCUGUUUUCUCAACGUGUUUCUAACAUGACUGAUAACAAGAGGGCAGAAUUUGUUGCUGUUGUGUCACUGAACUGUUGUUCAAUUCAAAGUAUAAACCAACGAUCCGCGGGUAUAACGAAUUAUUUGCAUGCACGCGUCUAUAUAUGGUUACAUGAAAAUUGUUACUUGACUCUGCAUGAAAUCAUUGGCUUAUUAGCUAUAUCCCCUCUUAGAAAGAUACCGUGGAGCGCCUGUCAUAUUGCUCUAUUUUUAUGUUUAAAUAAAGUUAAGGGCAUGUUACGAUGUAUGUAGUCCAUGCAAAGGCGAAAAUCCUCAUGCACUCCCUUAAUAGGCUUUUAGGGGGGUGUGACUUAAGCGCUUUUUGACGAUGCUAUGGUUAACCUCUUUGCAAACUAUAUCGAAACCCAAACGAGAGAAACACAACUCAGGUUUCCUAAUCUAAAAAUGGCCGAACUUUCGGCCAAAGGACUGUGAAAUUCAUGCAAUUACUGGUUACAAUUUAUUUCAAUUAGGCAAAAAAUCUUUAAAUAAAUAAAUAAAUAAAUAGAUGAAUAAAAUAUGCAAUUAUGACGUAACUUGAGGAAUGUUUGUAUAAACUAGAGCUAGAGUUAUUUAAAGCUAUUAAAGUACUCAUGAUACGCCGUAAUAAUUAAGAAUAGGUUACUUUUAACGUUUCCCUUGGCAGAAUAUUUGACGCAAGAUUCCUCCCUGAAAACGCAUUGCACACAGCAACCGCCUUAAGUAACCGUAAUAUAAAAACAAUCCAUCAGGAAAUCAAAACAACAAGUUCACACGCGUCCUCAACGCAAAGCUUGUUAAACUUUGCGUGCCGGCAUACCAAGUAGGUCCUUUUGCGGUUGAAUUAUUCAGGAUUUGUAGGUCAUGAUCGUAACCCCUUAUUGAACUCAUUAAUUUGACAAGUAAUCUUGCAAAGUGAAUGUAUUUUUUACACGAGUGGGAAAGUGAUUUUAAGUUUGACCACCAAAUAAUGAAAAUGGAAAGAUUUAUUGAGUUCUUCGGUUCAAAUUCCAAGCUCAGGAAUGCAAAUGACUUUGGUUACUUAGUGACGAAGGCCCUUAGUUCGCGCGCUACGCGGCUUAGUUGCCUCAUUGUGAAACUGAUACAACAAGAGCCUCUGGAUAAUGGAUUUAACGGAUCUAAACUCCAGCCAACAGAAAUAUUCGGAAGCGGCCGGGAAGUUCAGAUCAAUAGCUAAAAAUUGGAUAAGCAAUCAAGUAAGAACAGAUUGCAAAAACAGUUGAGAUUUUAUUGUUGAUGAGAGGUAGAGUGCUCUACUUACAUCGAUUUAUCCCCUGGAAACCGGAAAAUACGAUUGGGACAACGUUUGUGCAGAACACGUUCACAAGUUCACUGAUGUUCGUCAGCUGAACUGCGCCAAACGCUAUUCUCUCUAUGCACUCUUGAUUACUCUCUCUUUAAGAAUAUUGGUCUCUGCUUUCUUUCAUUUAAAUUUUUAGGCAAGAAACUCAGUGCGUACUAAAAAUUAUUAAGGCAGAUUUCGCUGCACUAAUAGAGAAGUACGUGGAAGCAGGGGUUUACGCACUUUAGUCUAAACCAAAAGAUAACGGUGUAGUAAAAUUCAGAAGAGUUUGAUUCCUUAAAAGAUGACUUAUUGGAAACUAGGAUAAAGAUCCUGAAAUCUGGACAUUUAUUUAUUUAACCCUUUGAAUAUAAGAGGAUUUCCCCGCCUAGGACCACCAUUAAAGAGAUGUUAAAUUAGCUCUGCGUACACACGGUUGAAUUUCGUUAAUAUCUGUUCAGAGUUUAGGAAUAUUUCUGAAAUUCAAUUAAUUUGGGAUACAGACCAAACUGAAAUGUAUUGAUUUUUGGCUUCAUUCCGGCCAGCAGCAUCAGUCACAGUGGCUGAGUACUUACAGUCACAAGCCUUCGUUUUCAAAAGAAAUCUUCAUUCUUUAAAAAAAACGCUCUCAAAAGAAAACGACCAUCAUCUCCUACAGUCUAAACUUUAGAUCGCAAUUUAGCAAAAGUUAGUUGAAAAAGAAGUAUAAGAAAGAAAGAGAGGAGAUAGAAGUUUUUUGUAAGUGACGAUGUCCUCAAGUACAACCAGUUGAACAUUAUGAAAAGGGAGGAAAUGUUCGGGCAACACGGUUUUCGUCAAGACCUUAACGGAAUGUGAACAGGUAUUUUGAUUCGUUUUUGAAUGUUUCGGCCAGGUUUUAAAGGCCAUAAUCUCACAUGAAAAAUUAAGGUUUAAGGCGAAGAGUAAUGGUAGAUAAUCGUUAACACGUCAUCAAAGAAACUGUUGAAUCUUUAGAGGUAGCACGUCCGUUUUUCGAACUGAAAUAACAUUAGAUUAAGGAUGGGGCAAUUUUUUCUGUCUUUAAUCCAGCUUAGCUGACACGAGCCCCUCUUUUUGGUUUUACCAACAAAGAAAGCAUUCUUAAACUUACACGUGUCGUUUCUUUCAACUGGCUUAGUGAAGUCAAGUGAAAGCGGGCCAAGUAUUCAGAAGUGAAGAACAACGGGAUUAAAAAUAUUUCAGUACUUUACCGCUUGUCAAGCUUAGAUUAACGAAAUUCAUUCACCUACACAGGCAGGAGGUUGCAAAAACAGAUCUACACAACACUAAGAAGCUAUAAUCGGGUAAUAACAUCUACAUUUAGCAGUGAUAUAUUAAACUACAAAAAUAGCUUUGGCAGGAACAUUCCAUUCAACGAAAUUCAAGGACGUUCGCGAUUUUAAAAUACUACCUGCCUAUACGAAAAUUAGCUUCUGUUAAAAAAGACAUUAAAGUAUAACCAAAAACUUAUCAACUUUCAGGGGGUAAAGAGGAGUAAUGGUAUGUUCAUAUCCAUUAUACAUUCUUCAAAAUUUUUAUAUUUUAUCCUAUUCCAGUCAACAUAAAUUAUAAUUCCGCGUUUGAAAACUAAAUCACUACAAUGUCCCCGAUGAACUUAGGAAAAACUUUAAACCCGCUACAACUUCAUUUAUGUCCUUAUUUUUAUUAACUUUUAAUAAUUAAAUCGUUUCCUUCAUAAGGCUCCUGCUUUUUAAUUCAUGUCUUAAAUCUAUAAGCUAAGGAGAAAGGGAUUAUUUUCAGAAGACGUAUUGAUGAAAGUCGCAAUAAAGGUGUCGACUUAAAGUUUAGUGAAAAUAGUAACGCUUGUUACCAACUGACACAAUUCGUUAAUGUGGUCUUCUUAAUCAACCUCACUUUACUCGCGGCAGUCUUCAACGUUGGUUGGGACAAAUAGCACUGAGAUAGUACUUAGAAGUGAAUGUCGCAUUUAGUUUUUGUUUCUGAUUUAUAUAGUAACAGGAGUGACGAGUUUGUGACUUUACGACUACGCAAAAUAUCAGCCAGAGAUUGGCACCCUCCAAACUUUGAAUAAGAGCAUCUUUCUGAAGAUUUUAUGACUUUUUGUUGGUGAGGUGUGUCAAACAUAAGCCUCCAAGACAGAAUAACCGUUCAGCAGUCUGGCGACCUUAGAUGUUUUGCACAAUAUUUUUUAAAACACUUACUACGUAAAUUUAUCCCAACACGAAUGAUCCUCGAUGAAUGCUCAAGUUCAUACGUAGAAGCAAAAUGGCAAGCGUUGUUAGGUCCCAAAUUAAUUUUAUUUAUUUAAUAUUUAUCUUCUAGUUGGGCCGAUGUGUAAACAAGCAAUGUUCCUGGCCUUUGGGAAUGUCAUGUGCUGCCUCGGAACUUGCUCCUGUUUACUUAUUACGCUGGAACUGCAAAAAACGCAGCGGGAAAAAAGCAAGGAGAGGGACUGAUUCCGAGCGUGUUUCCUGCCGAUGGGUGAAGUUCAGGUAUCCCAUCAUUCAUCAGUGCAAGUGCAAGUGUCAAGAAAAGCGAGAGAAUGGGCACGAAACAUCGACGGAACUGUUGUCUCCUAAUCUGCUAGAGCGAAUUACAGGGAACUAA